UUCUGCUUUAAUAUGCAAAGAGCAGUACAGCGGGCAAACACCGGCUGAGGAUUAGUGUUAGCCUUACCAGGAAUCAUCACCUGCUGCAGGAAUCUACACCUUUAGUGAUGGCAAAAAGAACCGGAAGGAAAAAGAGCCAGCUGCCAGACUUUUACUAUGAAGGUUACCUGGAGAAGAGGUCCUUCAAAGAUAAGACAUCUCGGAAACUGUGGACCUGCUUGAGUGGGAACACACUUUUUUUCUUCAACGAGAAAAGAGACAAUGAUUAUUUAGAGAAACUGGAUCUCUAUGGACUGAUCUCAGUGACAGACGACAGCAGCCCGGAUCCUAACUUGGAUGCGGCCAGAUUCAAUGUUCAGAUGACGAACGGAAACAUCAAAUUCACUGCCCCAAGUGCAGAAUCUCGGGAACUUUGGAAAGGAUUUAUCUACUCUGUAGCUGAGCUGCAGGUACCCUCCUCCCUGAACCUGCUGCCAGGUCAGUUUCACAUCCUGAAGGAGAUGGUCCAAAAAGAGAAGGAGAGGUUGGCAAACCCACUAACAGAGCAGAGUCCUACUACAGUCAGAACAGACAUGCCUGCUUGUUACUACAAGGUGCCUCGUCUGGAGGCCGAGCUGCUGCUCGAGAGAGAAGCCAACAAAGGAAACCUGCUGCUGAGAGAUGGGAAAGACGGGCGCUCCUUCGCCAUCACCACCAAACAGGAUCUUGAUGGAUCUAUUUUCCGACACUACCGAAUACUUACUGAACCACAGGGAGGCUUCUACAUUGAUGUGGACAAACCUGUCCACUUUGACACAUUGCAUGAUUUGGUCAACUACAUGGUGGAAAAAACCAAGGGAAGUCUGACUCCCCUCAUCAUCGAGGGACAGUAUGACAAGAACAUCUCUUUUAUUUCAUCUGAUAAUGAAAACGGCGAGAGGACUCAACAGCCUUUGCCAGACCCUGCCCCUGCAAGAGAGGCUCCUAUGUCAGUUACUGGAAAAAUGACGUCUGAUGAACCAGAACUACCCGCAGAGGAAAAUACACCUGCUAUUAAUAGGGAGGAGGAGAAAGAAGACGAGACUCAUCACUACAUCAGUGUUCAAAUUCCACCAAAACCAGAACCGAGGAAAAUACUGAUGCCUCCAUCUCCUGCUCCACGUAAAACUCUUCCUUCUAAACCAGCCACCAACUCUGCUUCCUCCGACAUUCCUGAGAAGUCCAAGAUACUCUCAAAUCCAGAAAUUAAGAAGCAAAUUCUUCCAGCAGCUUUAUCAGAGCUGAAACUGAAGCUGGGACAGAAAGUAAAUAUCCAGGAUUGAGGUCUCCUACGGUCAUCCUUGUGGAGAAAAACAUCGACAGAAAGGAGCCAUGUUCAGAUCCUUCUUGCAUGAGGCCAACAAACGAAGCUUUUCCACCUCCUCCUCCAUGAGCUGUCUGCAGCAAAGCCUCUCUGCAGAUUAACAUCGUAUUGAUUUGCCUCUCCUGGACGUUCAUUGGCAAAUCAAUUGACUGUGAAGAUGGGUGGCCAAAUUAUCUUCUCGUUUCUCUUGUUCGUUUUGCACAUUAGCCAUCGACUAAAUCAUCUCGGACUGUCAGUGUUUUACCUCCUAUUUUUAGAAUCAAAUGUUGAAUGUUUCGUUUUACAUACCUGUAUGUAUGCAGACAGUGUUGUAUUAAUACUGGCUGCAGAUGGGAUGCCACACAAUGUAUUACAGCCUCCAUUUACAGUGAAUGUGACAGAAAACUGUUUUUGGUUAUUUUAUGUAAAUGUAGGUAUGUUAAAACUCUUGCUUUUCUCUCAUCAGCUUUGAUAUGACAAAGCAACUUCUAGUAUGUGCCAUGCAACAGCGUAAAAAUAUAUAGUGAAUUAAUCAGUUGCACAGUUUUUGCAGUCUAUUUUUUCACAUUUACUUUCUUUUUUAUAUAACUUAAAACUUUUCUGUUUUCUAAAAAAAAAAUGUCCAAAGACAAAGUGGUUUCACUCCUUUAUUACCUCAAUUACUGAUGCAAUAUAGUGGAAAAAUUAAACUAUUUACAAUAAACUGUGACAUGUUGUCAGCAUGUAAAAUAAAGUGUAAAUUCCUCUCA